UAACCCGAGUGAGGCUGAGCUUCGGGCUCUGCAGUUCUUUCGCAGCGCCUGAGGAGGAAGAGCAGGAUCAGCUGAACUACAGAAGAAUAAACAACCAGGAUAUUUAAUAAAGAACAGUGUUAAACUGCUGAAAGAGGUGAAGCACAAGCCAUCCAGAAGAAUCUCCUGAAAACGCAGAAAUUGUUUGCUACAUUUCACAGACAGAUGGAGCCAAGUCCCGACAUGGAGAAACAUCAGCACUCUGUCAAGAGUUUUACUAAACAGAGUGAUCUCAAAAACCACCAGCGCAUUCACACAGGAGAGAAACCGUAUCACUGCUCAGACUGUGGAAAGAGUUUUACUAAACAGAGUCAUCUCAAAAGACACCAACGCAUUCACACAGGAGAGAAACCGUAUCACUGUUUCGACUGUGGGAAGAGUUUUACUCAACAGGGUGAUCUCAAAAUACACCAGCGCAUUCACACAGGAGAGAAACCGUAUUACUGCUCAGACUGUGGAAAGAGUUUUACUAAACAGAGUCAUCUCAAAAGACACCAGCGCAUUCACACAGGAGAGAAACCGUAUCACUGUUUCGACUGUGGGAAGAGUUUUACUAAACAGAGUACUCUCAAAAAACACCAGCGCAUUCACACAGGAGAGAAACCGUAUCACUGCUCAGACUGUGGGAAGAGUUUUACUAAACAGAGUCAUCUCAAAAGACACCAGCGCAUUCACACAGGAGAGAAACCGUAUCACUGUUUCGACUGUGGGAAGAGUUUUACUAAACAGAGUACUCUCAAAAGACACCAGUGCAUUCACACAGGAGAGAAACCGUAUUACUGCUCCGAUUGUGGGAAGAGUUUUACUAAACAGAGUACUCUCAAAAGACACCAGCGCAUUCACACAGGAGAGAAACCGUAUUACUGCUCCGAUUGUGGGAAGAGUUUUACUGAACAGAGUAGUCUCAAAUCACACCAGCGCAUUCACACAGGAGAGAAACCGUAUCACUGCUCAGACUGUGGGAAGAGUUUUAAUCAACAGAGUACUCUCAAAAUACACCAGCGCAUUCACACAGGAGAGAAACCGUAUCACUGCUCCGAUUGUGGGAAGAGUUUUACUAAACAGAGUAGUCUCAAAAUACACCAGCGCAUUCACACAGGAGAGAAACCGUAUCACUGCUCAGACUGUGGGAAGAGUUUUACUCAACAGAGUAAUCUCAAAAUACACCAGCGCAUUCACACAGGAGAGAAACCGUAUCACUGCUCAGACUGUGGGAAGAGUUUUACUGAACAGAGUACUCUCAAAAUACACCAACGCAUUCACACAGGAGAGAAACCAUAUUACUGUUUCGACUGUGGGAAGAGUUUUACUGAACAGAGUAAUCUCAAAAUACACCAGCGCAUUCACACAGGAGAGAAACCGUAUCACUGCUCAGACUGUGGGAAGAGUUUUACUAAACAGAGUACUCUCAAAAUACACCAGCGCAUUCACACAGGAGAGAAACCAUAUUACUGUUUCGACUGUGGGAAGAGUUUUACUUUACAGAGUGAACUUAUAUUACACCAGCGCAUUCACACAGGAGAGAAACCGUAUCACUGCUCAGACUGUGGGAAGAAUUUUACUAGACAGAAUCAUCUCAAAAUACACCAGCGCGUUCACACAGGAGAGAAACCGUAUUACUGCUCCGACUGUGGGAAGAGUUUUAAUCAAGAGGGUACUCUCAAAAUACACCAGCGCAUUCACACAGGAGAGAAACCAUUUUACUGCUCAGACUGUGGGAAUAGUUUUACUAAACAGAAUAAUCUCAAACUGCACCAGCGCAUUCACACAGGAGAGAAACCGUAUCACUGCUCCGAAUGUGGGAAGAGUUUUACUACCCAGAGUAAUUUUAAAAUACACCAGCGCAUUCACACAGGAGAGAAACCGUAUUACUGCUCAGACUGUGGGAGGAGUUUUACUACCCAGAGUAAUCUCAAACUGCACCUGCGCGUUCACACAGGAGAGAAACCGUAUUACUGCUCAGAUUGUGGGAAGAGUUUUAUUCAAGAGGGUAAUCUCAAAAUACACCAGCGCAUUCACACAGGAGAGAAACCGUAUUACUGCUCAGACUGUGGGAAGAGUUUUAAUCACCAGAGUACUUUCAAAAUGCACCAGCGCAUUCACAAGGGAGAGAAACCGUAUAACUGCUCAGACUGUGGAAAGAGUUUUACUAAACAGAGUACUCUCAAAAUACACCAGCGCAUUCACACGGGAGAAAAACCGUAUCACUGCUCAGACUGUGGGAGGAGUUUUAAUCAACAGAGUAAUCUCAAAAUACACCAGCGUAUUCACACAAGAGAGAAAAUGAUCCCAAAUUUGUCCCACGGCAAUUAAAAGUGCAAAUCGUAAAUCUUUUGGACAGAACACCUUAUCCUACACAAAUGUUUCACUUUGUCACUUGGGACACGUUCCACCAGAAACAAACAUGAACUGAAUUUAACAAUGGAUUUUACAAGUUCAGCAAAAUGAAUCUUAUCCAGGGAUGAUGUUUGUUGAAUUUAAUAUUAUGUUUUCUUGUAUGUUUGAUAUUCCAGGACAUUCUUCGUGAGACAGAGCUCAGUUUUUAGGGUAGUUACCGUAGGAGUUCAGUUCUGAAGAAAGGAAGGUCGUUCGAGUGAGGGCACUGCCAGUGCUUGCACCAGGUGUUAAUUUAGCAUAAUUUAUCUUUAAAAUUUAGAUGUCAUAGUUGUUAGGAGUAGAGUACAAUUCUUAAUUUGCUAUUAAACAUUUACGAUCAAACCUUCAGUGCUCAUACUUAGAAGGUAUUAAAUGCAUUUAAUCUAUUUUCUAGUAUAUACAGACUUUAUUAUUUCCAUUAAUUUCUAGUAUCUCUGUUUUUACUCUGUGGAAGCCGUCCUCAGUUCCCCAAGCUUAGCAUAGCUUAGCUUAAUGCUAUUAACCGCUAGGCCCACCCAUAUGUAAAGAGAAGGGGAAAACACCACCAGAGGAACUCCAGAGAGAGUGCUCCCAAAAGUGAGACCCAGGUUUGUGUAGUGCAGUAAGGUUCUCCCUCAUUCCCUCUGCUGGUGUUCUCAAUGGUCUAUGGUUCAGUCGGUUAGAUUUAAAAUCUGUUACCAUAGAGCGGUAAAGAUGAAUAUUUGGUUGCGUUUUAAUACUCAAGUUUUAUACUCUCUAAUCAUUAGAUUAGAGAGUUAUACUCUCUAAAUGUUCUCUAAUCAACCCUUAUUGAAUAUUAUAUGUUGCUUUUUUAUCCUCCAAAUUUACUAAGAAUAUCCAAAUCAUUUAGUUUCUUAAUUGGUUUUAUCCACUAUCAACAAUUAUCUUUGUAUUGCUUCACCUCUAUAUUUACUCAUAUGGGUGUUUUAAUAAAAGGCUUUUAUAAUGCAGAUCUGCAAUCUCAUUGUGUUUUCUCAACAUAUGUUUGACAUAAAACAUAUAGGCCUGAGAUUGUCUCAUGUUAUUAUUUGUUAAAUACUUAAAGUUGCCCAAAGGACAAAUCCAGUGUGAAAUGGAUUUCGUUUGAAAUUAAACAUAAUAGUCAUUUUCAGAGUGAAUUUCAGAAAGAAGUUGAUUUUUUUAAUGGUUCAGGCUUAAAAGGGUUGAAUAUACAAUUACUUCCAAUGGUAAAGUAGCAUGUGUGUUUAACUUGUAUUCAUAUGUUUACAAAUACAUUGUAUUCCUAUGUUUUUUUUUGUAAUUGUGAAUGCUUGUGGUUUGUGUUGUUUUGUUUUUUGAAGAGCAUAGCCAUUUACCAAUUACACUUAAUUGCCAAAAUCUACAUUUGACUUAUUGACCAUGUUUUAUCGGUAGCUAGCCUAGCUAAAUGUCCAAAAUAGCAUUUGCUGUUUUAAUGACUAUUAUUAUUGACAUCAAUCAAGCUAAAUGUACAAACAAAGCAUUUGCUUUUUUACUGACUAUUAUUACUGGUAGCGAGCUAACUAAAUGUACAAAUGUAACAUUUUCUGUUUUACUGACCAUUGUUAUUGGUAGCUAGCCAAGCUUAAUGUACAGUCAAAGCAUUUCCUGUUUUACUGACCAUUAUUAUUGGUAUCUAGACUAGCUAAAUGUCCAAACAACAGUAUUUCCUGUUUUACUGACCAUUACUGUGUAGUGAUAACGUAGCAUUUGCUAUUUUACUGACCAUUAUUAUUGGUAGCUAAAUGUCCAAACAGUGGCCGUUUCUCAAUGCACAAGUACACAAAUCUGGACUUCAGUACUUGGCAAGUACAGACUUGGCAAGUUCGACUUGAUAGUGAGUACUCCGGAGGAUGCAAGACUUUUAUUCUGCAAUUGGAACAGUUGCGUUCUUGAUGAUGUCACCCUGUCAGGGGUGUGGAAAGCAUAGUUAAGGACACUGAAUAAUUGAGAACACAAACAUAAAUAGUAGUAAAAUGGAACCUGCAUUAAUUGCCACUGCCACAUCUAGCCCGCAGGCCGCCUAUUGCCGACCCCUCAUGUAGGGUCUUGCUUUGUUCGCCUUGCAGGCCAUGAGGCAUUCUGCUGUGCUGCAGGUGUCAUCAAUGGAUGCCACAUCAGAAUCCCUCCUCCUGCAGAACCACAGAAAAUAUGCUAAAUAAAUAGAAAACUUUUGCCCUCUGUGACACUGCAAGCCAUCUGUGAUGCCAAAGGUGCAUUUGAUUACAUUGGCAAACCAGGAUCUGUGCAUGAUGCGCUUGUCCUGCGUAGAUCACCCAUGUAUCAUCAGGCUCUGUACCCACCCCCUGGUACUUUCUUUUAGGAGAUGGAGGAUACCCCUGUCUGCAGCAUCCUGUUGCCACCAUGACACCAUAUACCGUAAACCUGUUUCCAGUAAGAAAAUAAACAGACACACAAACAAAAACAAAAUGACAAAAAAGAGGAAGAAAUAUAAUUGAGUGGCCCUUUGUAAUCCUGAAACCACGCUGGCGCUCCAUCAUCUUGAGGGCCCUAGAGGUCCGGCCCCCGUUCACCCCAAAUGUCGUUGGUGCCUGCUGAAUUUUCCACAAUAUCUAUGUGGAAGUAGGUGAUAUCCUGGAGGAGGAGGAGGACAACAGCCUAAAGCCAGGCAGACACUGUGCGAUUUUUUUAAUCGGAUGCGUUCUGGAGAGCUCAAACAGCACGUUUGAAUCGUUUGUCGUGUAUGAACAACGCCUGCGAUUCAUCUGCACACACUGUACGGUCCGACUGACCUGCUGCGACGGGGGAGCUUACACUGCACGUCUAAACGCAGCCCGUAGGCGGAGCUUUCUUUGCGUACAAACUCUCGCUUCAACACAACGCCUUGCAAAAGAAAGCGCUUAGCUUUGCUUAUUUGUGCCCUGUUGUGCGCUGAAAGUCCACGGAAGAGACGUACAUGGACUCGCAGGUGGCUGAGGCGACGUGGACUCUACGGGUUGUCCGUUUUACAGAAGGAGAGCGCAUAGAAAAAUGACUGCCCGUCAGGCUGCGAAAGAAACACCAGCAGCUUAAAUAAAAUAAAAUAAUUUUAUUUUUUA